AUGAUCAGAGCCGAAUCUCUCCUUCGCUUGCGGGGCACGAUGCGCACGCUUCCGCCAAGAAUGAGCUGUCGCUUUGGCAGUCCAUUACUCUCGGUAUCCCAAAAGAGAGGUCUGCGUCUUUCCCAACAUUGCGCCGAUGACAAGCCUCAGCCCUUCAAGCAUCAAUUGUAUGAAAGUACACAACAACGCAUUAAGCGUGAGCGUGCUGAACAGGAACGGUAUUCACAGUAUCAAACCCAGUCCCAGGGUGGCCGCUAUGCGGCAUUGAUGUUCGCAUUGGUUUUCUUUUCCACCGGAGCGUAUUACCUAGGGUCAUUGAAGCCUGCUGAGCUUCCUACCUCUUCGACGACAUCUGUAUUUGAUAUAGAAUCCCCGCGACACAAUGUUUCUGUGUCAAACCUUCAGGCCGCUUGGGCCGAUUUCGUUGAGAUCCUGGGGAAAGAUAAUGUCUCCACGCAAAAUGCUGAUUUGGAAAUGCAUUCGGGAUCCGACUGGUCUUCAUAUACACUGAAAAAAGAUGAAAGACCGUUCCUCGUUCUCUACCCAUCUACUACCGAAGAGGUCUCCAAAAUAAUGAGGGUUUGCCAUCAAAGAUUGAUCCCAGUGACCCCUUACUCAGGUGGUACCAGCUUGGAGGGUCAUUUUGCGCCGACUAGGGGAGGCGUAUGCAUUGAUUUCCGUCGCAUGGAUCGUAUCUUGAGACUUCAUAAGCGAGAUCUAGACGUCGUGGUCCAGCCCGCUGUCGGCUGGGAGGAGUUGAAUGAGCAGCUUUCUCAAGAUGGGUUGUUUUUCCCUCCUGACCCGGGGCCUGGCGCUAUGAUCGGUGGCAUGAUCGGUACAGGCUGCUCGGGAACGAACGCAUAUCGAUAUGGGACUAUGCGUGAUUGGGUUCUUUCCUUAACUGUUGUACUUGCCGAUGGGACCAUCAUCAAAACGAGACAACGUCCACGGAAGUCGAGUGCUGGUUACGAUCUCACCAGACUUUUCAUUGGGAGUGAAGGUACCCUGGGGCUAGUGACCGAAGCGACAUUGAAGUUGACAGUUAAACCUAAGAGCCAAAAUGUCGCCGUCGCAAGCUUUCCCACGAUACAGAAUGCAGCAGAAUGUGUAACGCGCGUGGUGGAAGAAGGUAUACCAGUUGCUGGCCUGGAGAUCUUGGAUGAUGUGCAAAUGAAGUGCAUUAAUGACAGCCAGUCCACUAGCCGGCAUUGGAAGGAAUCGCCAACUAUCUUCUUCAAAUUUACAGGAACACCUGUGGGUGUCAAGGAGCAAAUAAGCAUGGUGCAGAAGAUUGUUUCUGCCACUGCGGGUCGGUCCUUCGAGUUUGCUCGAGGCGAAGACGAAAUGCAAGAACUUUGGAGCGCCCGAAAACAAGCACUUUGGAGUGUCAUGUCUAUGAGAAGAGGACCUGAAGACCAUGUCUGGACGACCGACGUGGCUGUUCCUAUGAGCAAAUUACCUGAGAUUAUUGAAGCUACGAAGCAUGACAUGACACAAAGUGGCUUGUUGGCUGGAAUUUGUGGUCACGUUGGAGAUGGCAAUUUCCACGCGAUCAUCCUUUUCAACGAAGCUGAAAAAGCAACGGCCGAAGCUGUGGUUCACCGGAUGGUAAAGCGAGCCGUGGAACUGGAAGGUACCGUUACUGGCGAACAUGGUGUUGGCAUCGUCAAGCGUGAUUACCUGAAACACGAACUAGGUGAAUCUACAGUGGAUGCAAUGCGUCGGCUAAAACUGGCUUUUGAUCCCCUUUGUUUGCUUAAUUGCGACAAGGUCGUUCGGAUUGAACCUCCGGUGACAGGAGAAGUGAAAGAAUGGUAA